UUUCACUCCGGCUGGAAUUUGACUAAAGUUUCUCUUAAAGCAUUUGCUGUUGCAGUAAACGUUGUCUAUAGGUAUAUAUAAAAACGCUUUGUGAUUUUAAACACGAAGCUCAGUUGAACGGUCAGUUGUAUGUCUUCUUCCUCUUUUUCCCUCUGAUCUUCCUGAAAACACCUGCGUGAUUCAGGUGAAGAGGGAAGUCCUUGGGCAUUGAGUCAUUGAGCGGCGAAAGAUUGUCCUGCAGGGAUGUGUUCCAGUCGGGGAAUAUGCGGCGACAACAACCGUCCCAACAGAUCCUCCAGCACAGAGGGCACCGGUUCAGGUGCUCACUAUGCCCUGUGCGCCCUUGGAGUGGGACUCAUAGCCCUGGGUAUCGUCAUGAUUGUGUGGACUGUGAUACCGAUGGACGGAGAGAACUUGGGCGGCUCCCCCACGACGAGCAACUCCACUGGAGGUGACGGCAAUAAAGACGAGGAAGAAAAAGACAGCACGGAUCCUUCAAUAGUGGCUAUGGUGCUGGUUGGAGUAGGGGCAGCAAUGUUGCUUUUAGCCAUUAUCCUCGGAGUGAGAAAUAAGAAGAGACAACGCAACGCAAGUAGCCAGCCAGUGGCAACAGGAGUCCCCCUCAUGAACCAUGCGGCCAGGGCGCAGGAGGAAGUAGCGGCAGAGCGAGCGGCAUUAGCCGUGCCGAGUUACGAGGAGGUGGUCGGCAGCGGCGACUACCCCGUCCGCCAGAGCAACCUUCGCAGUAGCACCUCCCAGCUGCCGUCCUACGAGGACAUCAUAGCCGCUGUGGAAAAUGAAGGAAGAGAGCCCACUGACAACCCUUCCGAGAUCACCCCUCUAAAUGAUUCCACACCAGCUCCAACUGAACCUGCUGCCGAGAUCCAGACUGACCCUCCUGGCCUUAAAUCAAACCCUAGCCUGCCCACUCGCAGUGCCAGCCGGGCGAGCCGUUUACUGCGGCCUCUCCGGGUGAGGAGGAUCAAGUCCGACAAACUGCACCUGAAGGACUUCCGCAUCCAAAUCCGCAGUCCCACACAGAAUCCAGUGACCAUUGAACCUAUCACUCCGCCACCGCAGUAUGACAAUAAGAUGCCUGAAUUAGGGUAGUGUCUCUCGCUUAUUGUCUGCUCCCAAUGAAUAUAAAUAACUUUGUUUCUGAUAACCCAUUUUCAAGGUUGGUAUUAGGCCGGUUAAAUGUAACUGGGAGCUGCGUGAUGGAGGCCAUGCAGACACGCUCCUGAAAUGAGAACAUUGUCUUCAUCACUGAAGCUUGUGAUUGGCAUAGUUAUUCUCUAAAGCAUAAUUAAGUAUUGUGUGAUAGGAUAAGCUGUCAAUGUCAAGAUUUUGUUUUAGACUUCAAACCAUAACUGUCAAACAUUGGACAGCCUUUCAGUUUUAUUUAAUUCAAUUGUGUGGACAAUAUCCUGAACUUUUAUAUGUUUUUCACUUUCCCAGGAAUUCUUAUUGUUACCGUAUAUUGAUGCUGAUUUAAUUGUGGAAUCGUUUGAACCAUAUUGUUGUAAUUACAAAGGGCAAAAGGGAAAUUAAUUACCUGGGAGUUUUAAAAGUUGUAUCACGAGCAUUAUGUGCAACCUUUUUGUGAUUUGUAACUAAAAUAAUGCACAUGGCCAAAAUGUUUUGAUAAAAAAAGCUGUUUGUAAGUUGUUUUUAAAUCUUUGUCUGAAACAAACUGGUUGUUGAAAAUAAAAAUGACAUCUGUAUGACAAAUAUUGGAAACUCAUAUUCCACUGUAACUGUAAAACUAUUGUAUAUUCUUGUAUGGGAAAUGACAUUAACAAGUAUGCAUUGCUUUAUAUGUAUUUAGAUGUUUAAACUGUGCUGUAUGCUGUUGAUAAAGAGUG